AUGGCUCUAGGUGAGCCUGGUGCUGAGAAGUGUAAGGUGAAUAUAGGCGAUGUGAUGGAUUUGUUGUACCAGACCGACAUAUGGGAGCAGGUGGAGCUUCCAAUGAGCCGGAGAGUGGUUGGAUCCAAUGUGAUCUCGAGCUGGAAGGAUGGAUGUGGAGUUUGCACUUCUGCAAGAGAAAGUGAAGAGCAGAUCUACAUGAAGAAACCAGAGCGGUUCGAAGUUAAAGGGGCUGAGAAAAGACUUUGCAAGAGGUCGUGGUUCGACCUGUCGCCUAGGCAGUGGUUUGAUUACUUCAUGGAUGAAGGAUCGGGGGCUGCAAAGAUGGUUCUCGGCGUUGAGACUGAAAGAGGAGUAGGCUUUGGUAAUCACAGGAGGAAUACCUUGUGUGUAGGUAUUGAUCAAGGAUGUGAUGGGCCAGGUAAAGCCGGAGAGCGUUCCCUACGCGUCUCUCCUCAAGUUUUCCUCAGGACAUGUCCCAAAACAGAUGAGGAAAAGCAGGAUAUCUCAUGAGCCUUAUUCGAAUGCGGUUGGCAGUGUAUGUCAUAGUCUGGAUUAGACCGGUUAUUUCACAGGCAGUCAGUGUUGUGAGCAGAUUCAUGUCAA